AUGGUACUUUUUGUGAUCAACAGCUGGUCCCGAAUCACACUUCGUUUUUCCUGCUCUUUUGCCGCGGGAAGCGCAGCCCCAGAGCCAGAGACUCACGGGGGAACGGUGGCCGUGGGCGGGCGGAGGGGCAGCAUCCUCCGGCUGGUUGCUCGCCGGCUCUCUGCACACUCCACUCACAGGCUCUUGUGGUUCCAGGGCGCACCCUACGACGCGCACACCACCGGCAUGACCGGCGCCAUCAGCUACCACCCGUAUGGCAGCGCGGCCUACCCGUACCAGCUCAACGACCCCGCGUACCGCAAGAACGCCACGCGGGACGCCACGGCCACGCUCAAGGCCUGGCUCAACGAGCACCGCAAGAAUCCCUACCCCACUAAGGGCGAGAAGAUCAUGCUGGCCAUCAUCACCAAGAUGACCCUCACCCAGGUCUCCACCUGGUUCGCCAACGCGCGCCGGCGCCUCAAGAAGGAGAACAAGAUGACCUGGGCCCCGAGGAACAAAAGCGAAGAUGAGGAUGAGGACGAGGGCGACGCGGCCAGAAGCAAGGACGAGAGUCCCGAUAAGGCGCAGGAGGGCACGGAGACCUCGGCCGAGGACGAAGGUGAGCGGGCAGCGGCCGGCGCAAGGUCUCGGGGCGCUUUCUUCCCAGGCGGGGCGCAGAGCUAA